AUGUUCAGUUCAACUUGUCAAGUUUUGCAUAACGUUAUUCAAGAUGGUACUAAAGCUUCACAGCGAUCACUAGCGUAUGGGGCUUAUGAAAACAUGACUACUUUUGAGUUUGUGUUCAUCCUGCAUCUCAUGAAGAAAACCAUGGAGAUCACCGACUUACUCUCCCAGGCUUUGCAAUACCAAUCUCAGGUCAUUGUAAAUGCUAUGGAACUUGUUUCAUCAACAAAAGCAUUGCUUCAAAAUUUGAGAGAUGAUGGUCCAGAUGACUUAAUCAGUGAGGUACGUGCAUUUUGUGCUACUAGAAAUAUAGAUGUUCCUAAUUUCAAUUCUAAUUAUGUUCUAUUAAUAAGAGGAUUAGGAGCUCGUCAUCAUUCGAGUACUUUUACGAUUAUGGAACACUAUUGUGUGGAUAUCUUUAAUGCUGCUAUAGAUGCUCAGUUAUCAGAACUGAAUAGCAGGUUCAACGAAGAAACGAUGGAAUUACUUAUCCUUAGUUCAGCUUUGGAUCCUCGUGAAGGGCAAAAGUCAUUUAGAGUUGAUGAUAUUUGCAGAUUGGUCGAUAAGUUUUAUCCAAAGGAUUUCACGGAACAAGAGAAAUUACACUUGAAGAUACAACUUCGCCAUUAUGAGCGUAGUGUUGUCUCUUCUGAAGAGUUCAAGAAUUUGAGGAAUGUAUAUAGUUUGUGUGAAUAG